CUCACAGUUUCGUCGAAUUACAAACUGCUGUCCUGCGCACUUCCUGGUCUACAACCAAUAGCAGUACAAGUCAGAGGUCACGUUGGACUCCACUCACCUUUGACGUCCAACGUGUCGGACCUGGGCAGAGGCAGCAGCGGAAGGUGCACUAUGGGCCGUCUGGACGGGAAAGUGAUUGUGUUGUCAGCUGCCGCACAGGGGAUUGGACGUGCCGCAGCAAUAGCAUUUGCAAAGGAAGGGGCUCGAGUCACAGCAACAGACAUCAAUGGAGAGAAACUGAAAGAGCUGGAUGGCAUUCAAGGGAUCAAGACCAAGGUGGUCGAUGUGACUAAGAAGGACCAAGUCGAAGCCCUGGCCGUGGAGCACGAGCAUGUAGAUGUGCUGUUUAAUGUUGCUGGGUUUGUGCACCACGGCACCAUUUUGGACUGUGAAGAGGCCGACUGGGACUUCACAAUGAACGUGAACGUCCGGAGCAUGUACCUCAUGUGCAAGGCUUUCCUGCCUAAGAUGUUGGCAAAGAAGUCAGGGAACAUUAUUAACAUGGCAUCUGUUGCAUCUAGCAUAAAAGGUGUUGCGAACCGGUGUGUCUAUAGUACCUCCAAGGCUGCAGUGAUUGGGCUCACAAAGUCUAUAGCAGCUGAUUUCAUUGACAAAGGCAUUCGCUGCAAUUGUGUUUGUCCUGGCACUGUUGAUACUCCAUCACUGAGGGGCAGGAUCCAGGCCCAGCCUGACCCGGAGCAGGCUUAUAAGGAUUUCAUGGCAAGACAGAAAACUGGCAGAAUGUGCACAGCUGAAGAGGUGGCGUACCUGUGCGUAUACCUGGCCUCAGAUGAGUCUGCCUAUGUGACUGGGACAGAGCACAUCAUCGAUGGAGGAUGGAGACUCUGAGAAAACUUCAGCUCAUCGUGACAGCAAUGGAGGCAGUGGGUUGAAUGCCGAAUUGGAGUCAAUAAUUUCUUCAUUUUGCAUAUUAUCUGACCUGAUUUUUGUGGGAGACAUUUCCCACUUUCCAGCUAAAAUCCAUGUUGCAAAUAUGUGCAGAUAUGAUAACUGACACUGUGAUAAAUAUACUAUAUAUCCCAGCUACAGCAUAUUGUUAUGAUCAGUUUACAAUUGUUAAAAGCAGAUUUUGAAUGUGACUAAUAAUCAUCUAUUAAAACAAAAACAUAUUCACCAGCA